AUGAUUCGUCUCCUUCUAUUUCUUAGUUUUGCGAAUCUUGCUGUGGGAAGUGAGUGUCCAAUUGGUUGGACGUUCAAUGCAGAAACGUCUUCCUGUUAUGCCAUCUCUGCCCGACUUUUCACUUUUGAUGAAUCAGUUCAAUAUUGUAAUUCCAUUGGUGGUAAAUCAGUGUCAAUUGAUUCAUACUCUGAACGUGAUGCUCUUGUUGCUAUCACCAACAAUACCUUCCUACAACCAUGGCUUGGUGCCAGAAGAAAUACCACUACCAACAGAUUCUAUAAUCUCGAUGGUUCCUAUUUCUACACUUUAAUGUGGACUACCAAUGAGCCGAGUGUCAACGGAGAUUGCGUUACCUUCAAAAGAGCGACUCCACCUGGAUUGCAAGUCACACAAUGCUAUCAGUUACAACCGGCUUUUUGUAAACAGACUCCUGCACUUUGCAAUAGUGCCGUUCUUGGUGGACCCACAACCUGGUCUGGAACAUUCCAAUCUCCUGGAUAUCCAGUACAGUACUACAACAAUUUGGACUGCAGAUAUCUGAUCAAUUCCCCUAAUAAUACCUUCAUCACAAUUAUGUUCUACCCAUUCGUAAUUGAAGAGUGGUAUGAUUCUGUCGAAGUCUAUGAGGGCAAUUCUACAUCAUUCUAUGAUUAUAUUGGAACAGUCUCCUCCUACAACAUGGCUCGCGGUUUCGAAUCGUCUGGAAAUGUGAUGAAUGUUAAAUUCAAGACCAAUUACGCUAUCACUGAUAAGGGUUGGUUGGCGACAUGGAAGGCAAAAAAAGAUAUGCCAACGAUCACACAGACUGGAACCAAUGGAACAUUAGUGUCUCCUAAUUACCCGAACAAUUACGAUAGCUAUGAUGAACAAGUGUACCAAGUUAGCGUUGCCUGGGGAAUGCAAGUCAAUUUGACUAUUGAUGAUUUCCGAACGGAAUCAAAGUACGAUUACUUGAAUAUCUACAAUAGCAGUGUGCAAUCGAAUAGUACGCUAGUGGCUACACUAUCCGGAGCUUUGACAGUUCCAUGGAACUGGGUCUCUCCAAGGAGUUAUUUGUCAAUGAAGUUUGUAUCUGAUGGAACGCUUCAAUAUAAAGGAUGGCACGCAAUCUGGAAUUAUUGCUAG